AUGGCGACACGUGCAAAUGAGGUAGUAGACGAAAUAACCGCCGGUCACCGACCAAUACCGAGUUCAAACGGUGAAUGGAAUCAGCAAACUCUAGUCGAUGCGCGCAACGUCCUUCAAACGCAGCAGUCAAAUGAAGCAUCUCAGCAAACUACUGAACAACGAACAGGAAAAAUUGCGAAACCACCGAUUUACCCAAAUCAUGUUCUACAUCCUGAAGUUAUACCAUCAUUGAACGAAGUUCCAGCUGAAUUGAAUAAACGACGAAAUAUUCGUUUUACUGAUCCGUUAGCCAUUGAUUCGUUUGAAACAGAAAUACCAUUAGCUAUCGCUAGCUCACUGCAAGAUGAAUUGGAACGUGCUGUUCAGCAUCGAGCAGCACAAGAUCGAAAUACAGAUCAACAUUCAACAGGAAUUCCAUCGACCGUUGAAAACAAUCUGUUUCAAGGUCUCAGUCCUGAAAAACCUUAUCAACCAAGUGCAAUGAACGAUUCAUUCGACAGUCAUCAACAUCAGUCAAGCACACGAACGAGCAUCCAUGAUAAAUCAAGUUUGCGCGAAGCAUUUCAACGAAUCAAAAUCGCUGGUGAUUUUCAUGAUAUGUCACACAUAGAAGAUCUAGAAGAGGCUGUUGGACCACUACUUCGGGCAAUGGUUAUUCGGGAGAAAUAUAUGGUCUUCAGUCUUCAAUCGUUUCCAUCGACAGUGGCAAAGUUUUUAAAUAAAACAUUGGAACAAGAAGAUCAAUCACGUCGUGCAUCAUCAACUAUUCGAGCAAAUACCGGUCGGGAUCAAACUCCAACACCUCUUUCAUCAUCUUCUUCCUCAUCAUCUAUGAUACCGAAAACCAAAUUACGAACUAAUUCUGCUACUGCUAGUGGCCAAACACCUCCCAAACAGACUGUUGCAACUACUUAUUCACGCACGACAUCGCAACAACGAACACCAAAUCAGAUUUCUCCAUCUCUAGACAAGAGUGUCGAGUUUCCCUCCAAUAUUCUUCAUAGAAAACAGAUAUUCUUUACAAAGAAAAAUGAUUCACAUCCAUUUCAUCCACCGGUGAUUAAACGUGAAGAUGCAUUCAAUAUUCCUCUAUUGGAUUCUGUUGACGUUCGUGUUAAAGCAGAAAAGGGUAUCUAUCGUCUCUAUAUACCUGACAACAACAAACAAUGGGUUCCUGUUGAUUAUCCUUUCGUGGAUCGCAACCAAUUCAUUGAUGAUUAUACACUCCUAUCAGCAAUGAUUACUGAUGGACCAUUAAAAUCAUUUUGUUACCGACGAUUACAAUAUUUAAAAGCAAAGUAUGAAUUACAUUGUCUAUUGAAUGAAGUCAAAGAAUGGGCUGCGAUCAAAGCCACACCACAUCGAGAUUUCUACAAUGUUCGUAAAGUUGAUACACAUAUUCAUGCAGCAUCGUCCAUGAAUCAAAAACAUCUCUUACGUUUUAUGAAAAAGAAGAUGAAAACAUCGGGUGAUAUGCAUGUCUACAAAACCAAGGAUGGCCGCGUUAUGACAUUGAAAGAAGUCUUCGACGAAUUGAAGAUUACAGCUUACGAUCUAAGUGUCGAUAUGUUGGGCGUUCAUGCGGAUCGAAAUACUUUUCAACGUUUCGAUCGUUUCAAUGCAAAAUAUAAUCCACUGGGACAAAGUGCGCUACGCGAAAUCUUCAUCAAAACAGACAAUUAUAUCGAAGGUGUAUUCUUUGCUGAUCUACUAAAAGAAGUCAUGUACGAUUUAGAAGAAAGCAAAUAUCAACAUGCCGAACUUCGUCUAUCAAUUUAUGGCAAAAGUAUUGACGAAUGGGAUAAAUUAGCGAUUUGGGCAGUUAAGAACACUAUGUAUUCAGCUAAUGUCAGUUGGAUGGUUCAAAUUCCUCGUCUCUAUGAUGUCUAUCAUGCCAAUGGUAUAACGAAAAAUUUUCAAGAGUUCUUGAUGAAUCUGUUUCAGCCAUUAUUUGAUGCAACGAUUGAUCCAUCAUCACAUCCGGAUCUCUUUCGUUUUAUGCAUCAUUUAACUGGCUUUGAUUCGGUAGACGACGAAACUAAACCCGAACGACCCAUUCUUACAGCUGAAAUGCCAUAUCCUGAAGAAUGGGAUCUGAAAGACAAUCCACCUUACGUUUAUUAUUUGUUUUACAUGUAUGCAAAUAUUCUCGCCUUAAAUCAGCUUCGAAGAGCGCGAGGAUUGAAUACAUUUCAAUUUCGUCCACAUUGUGGCGAGGCUGGUGCCGUUACACAUCUAGUAACCGCAUAUAUGGUCGCAGAAAAUAUUUCUCACGGUUUACUUCUACGCAAAUCUCCUGUCUUGCAAUAUUUGUUUUAUUUGUGUCAGAUCGGUAUUGCGAUGUCACCACUGAGUAAUAAUUCCUUAUUUAUCAAUUAUAAUCGAAAUCCAAUGUUGGAAUACUUUGAACGUGGUCUCUGUGUAUCAUUAUCAACAGAUGAUCCGAUGCAAUUUCAUUUCACUAAAGAACCGUUGAUGGAAGAAUAUUCCAUUGCUGCUCAAGUAUGGAAAUUAGCAUCGGUUGACAUGUGUGAAUUAGCUCGUAAUUCUGUGCUAAUGAGUGGUUUCUCUCAUGAAGUCAAGAUGUAUUGGCUCGGUCCUGAUUACCAAGAAUCUGGUGUUGCUGGUAAUGAUAUUCGUCGAACGAAUGUUCCAGCAAUUCGUAUUGCCUAUCGAUAUGAAGCACUAUAUGAAGAACUUCGUUUGCUUGGUAGUGCUUACAAGAGUCGACAAGAGCGCAAUGAAAAAGAUCGACGUUUACAACAAAUGCAAAACAAAUCGACUUCAUUGAACAAUCUUGAACGUGUUGGUAAGUUAAACGACAUCUUUUUCCUUUACACGAACAUUGUAACUACAAAAAAUACCAUUAAAGCACUGACAGGCAUGUUACCUCCAAGCUUUCAGAUGGAUCUAAAUCGUAAUCGAAAUACUAAUGUCAAAGGUGCGGCUUUUCAUAAACAAGCGAAAGAUAAUCUUCAAUGUAUCCUGGAUAAUUUCAUCUCAAUGAUUAAUUUAAUGAAAGUAGACGAGACAGCACACAGUCAAAUCAAAGAUCAAUUGCCGAGAUUAUUAACGAAUACAACCGAUGAUUUUGAAAUGCGUGUACGAGCUCAUAAUAUGGUACGUGCGUUCGAAUCACUGUUGAAGUUGGUUUCGGAUUUGAAAGAUCAAGCUGUGUUGUAUGAUUUUCGUGCGAUCAAUGAUGCGGUUCGAGCGCAACGACAACGAUUUAAAAAUCAACAAUCAGAUUUAGAUACGAAACUUGUUAGCUUACGUGAUCGAUUGGCUCUGGAGAUGGUGAAAUUUGAAGAUGAAUAUUCCAAUAAAUCAGCUCUUAAAACUGCGAACAAUUAA